AUGGGUAUUUGUGGCUCCAAAAAACGUCCUCCCCCUCCGAUCAUCGUUAACAUCCAUCAGAACCAGGUACAUCUGCCUAAAGACCACCCGCCUUCUAGAAAUAACCCCACCAAACCGAGUAAAUUGAAGGAUGCCAUAUUGCAAGGCCGAAACAAGAAGAACCUAAGCCAGGAUCAACUUGCUAAGAAAAUAAAUGUGAAGCCACAAAAGAUUCAGGAGUACGAGACAGGGAAAGCAAUUCCAAGCCAAGUGACAAUCUCUAAACUAGAGAAAGUUCUUGGAGUGAAACUUCAAGAUUUAUACAAGACUGAAUUGAAGGAGCAUAUCAGGCAAGCUCGAAAAAACAUGACUCAGCCUCAACUUGCUAAGAAGCUAAAAGUGAAGGUGCAAAUCAUCCAGGAUUACGAGAAUGGAAGGGCAAUUCCGAACCAAAAGAUGAUCUCUCAACUGGAGAAAGCACUUGGAGUGAAACUUCACUAAAUAAAUUAAGUGUAUAGUGGUAAUUAAGAGUGAGCCUUAUGGAGUAUUGUUUGUCUGUUUAAUUUGGAGUUCCGAAGGUAGUCAUAUGGGUCAAUUUUCUUUGUCUAUUACAUUUCCAUCCCUUUGUUGCUAAUGGAAAUUUAUUUGGUAUGC